GUCCAUUUUGAAUUGAAAUUUCUCGUUUCAUCAUGUUCCCAAACCUACAGAGCUUGUCCGAAGAGGACGAAUAUAAGGAUAACCCGGCACCUUCCGGCCGGCGGCGGUCGUCUGUGGUUCCACCUAGCCUGCAGUUCCUCGUCGAUCAGGACUCUCAGCAAGCUAGUAAUGAGCCCGCUGAGUGGGAAAAGUCAUGGGAUCAAACGACUGAAAACCCAGAGCUUUGUGAUUUCUUGGAUCGAGUCUCCUCUCGAGAUCCAACUGAUCCAGACCGACAAGGUGGGGACAGCAUGAGAAGGGGUUUUUGAGUUAAAAGAAAUCUCAGAUCACGAUCUCAGGGACUCAACGAAUCAUGUAAUUGAUGUUGCUGGAGCGUAAAUGUGAUUGCUAUUCUCCAAUUUGUUGAAAUUGCCAGACCCAAUGGAUUUUA